GCCCAGCCGGCUAGAGCGGCCCCCCGUGGGCCCAGAGCGCGCAGCCCCGCCGCGCGGAGCGCCCCCUCAACGCCUUCUCCGCCGCCGGGGCCGCCUCAGCUCGGUGCCCCCGGACCUUCCGGUUCGCCCCCUCCCGCCCCAAAGGGAACGGGCCCGGCCCCGCCGCUCGGGGGCGCCGCCGCCGCUUUCACGUUCACGACACCGUCGUGAAAGCGCGGAGGGAGCCGCCGCGCUGCUUUACGGCCGCGCGCGCUGAUUGGUUCCGCGGGGGCCGCGCCGCGCGCUGAUUGGUCCCGCCGGGGCCGUGCCGCGCGCUGAUUGGCUCCGCGCGGGGCCGGGGGCGGUUUGAGCGGCAGCGGCCGGCGCGGCGGCGGCUCCGGCACGAUGCUGCCCCUGUCCCUGCUGAAGACGGCUCAGAACCACCCCAUGCUGGUGGAGCUGAAGAACGGCGAGACGUACAACGGGCACCUGGUGAGCUGCGACAACUGGAUGAACAUCAACCUGCGCGAGGUCAUCUGCACCUCCCGGGACGGCGACAAGUUCUGGAGGAUGCCGGAGUGCUACAUCCGGGGCAGCACGAUCAAAUACCUCCGCAUCCCCGACGAAAUAAUCGACAUGGUGAAGGAAGAGGUGGUGUCCAAGGGCAGAGGCCGCGGCGGGAUGCAGCAGCAGAAGCAGCAGAAGGGCCGUGGGGUUGGCGGCGCCGGACGAGGUGUGUUUGGUGGCCGUGGCCGAGGAAUACCGGGCAGCGGAAGAGGCCAGCAGGAAAAAAAGCCGGGCAGGCAGUCAGCAAAGCAGUGAGACGCCGGCUGCGCCCUGGCCAGGGACAGUGCCGCGAUGCUCUUUGGUUUGAUCACACCUCAGGAUUGCCGUGCGUUCAAAAGUGUUCUGUUUCUGCUCCUCCGUCAGUCGAUCCGUGCCCCAAUCAUGUAGUUUGGAAGCCCCUCGCGAUUUAACCUGGUAAAGUGGAGUUAUUCCCUUUCUAGUCAGCAAGUCUGUAAUUGGAAACGUCCAAAAAAAAAUGAUAAUAAUUCACGGUUAGGGGCCUAACUUCAGCCCUCUCCUGAGAGUGGAAGCACUAUUUAAUUUUUCAGGGUCACCAGGUUUAAUUUAACAGAAUAUCGCGUGUAGUGGUGUAAGACCUAAGGCACACGCUUUCCGGAUUGUUUGUGUUACGUUUUUUUUUCUCUUUUUUUUUAUACUUGAAGCUUUGGAAACUUGUUGCAUUUGUAACAGCUGCAGGCCUUUUGGUUUGAAAACACUGAACUUGAGGAUAUUGUGUCUUUACGUGAGUAGUCUUAAAGGUUUGUUUGUUGUUAUUUGUAACAAAACAGACUUUUAAGCCAUCUCCCUGUCCUCUGUUUGUGGCCGGUCACUUCUGGCUCUCUCCAAAAGGAGAACCUGGGGCGAACGUUGCGUUGCCCUUUAAGGGUUGUUUCCCCGAGAGCUCUGUGAUGAGUGAGGGUUUCCCAAUUAGCGUCUUUCUAAUUCGAGUCCAGAUUAGAAAUUUCCUUUAAAGGAAAGGCUUUUCUGUGUUUUCUCGUGGAAGGCUGGUGUGCCCCGUCCUCCUCACUUGUUUUGUUUUCUUGAAAAGCAGUCGAGCUGGUGAUUUCUUCCCCCCCCCCCCCCCCCCCCCCCCACUUGUCUCCCUUGUGCCUGUGACACGAAAUCCUGAAGUCUGAUUUUUGAGUUCCAACAGCGUUUCUCGAGCUGAUUCCUCGUGCUGCGUGGGGACUGACUUCGCCCUAAUGUUGUCACUUCAUUUUCUGGUAACUGGCCAGACCUCUCUCCUCGGGGACACGGAGCAGAGCGCGCAGUGCCCCUCCUGCAGGUUAAGAGGUUCCCGCGUCUCUCUCGGUCAGGUUGCUCCGAGUCUUCCAACCCACAGGGUGCAGGGUCCCACGAGCAAAACGCGCCCCAAAAUAUUCUGCCUGAUCUGAAUUGCAAGCCUGUGGGGGGGGCACGGGGGGGGAGAAAGAGGCUUUAGGCCUUGCCUGAACUCCCUGGUGAAUGAAAUUUGUUUAAUUUUAGGGUAAAAGCAGAAGAUAUUGUAACUCACUCUGAACAUUUUCUUGGUUUUGUGAUUUUCCUUUUUCGUUUUCUGCAACCGAUUUCCCCGUUGAAGCCUCCUCUCUGCCAUCACCACUGCUGGGAAGAGAAAACGAGUAAAGAACCUGCUUUUAUAUAUACUUAUUUUUUUAAACGUUUAUAAAACCUGUGCGAAGUGGUGAGUAGGAAUAAAUCGCCGACCUGUA